GUGUCCAACCUACAGGUCUCGCCGCCCAUCGAAGGUUGAACACACUCGCAGGCCGCACGCCCCGCGCCGCCUCCCCCCUUGCUCACCCCUCUCGUCCCCGCUUCAAAUUUGGACCGCGUCGAUUUCACGCGCCGAUUCCCCCAAAUCGACACCCACCCCUCUCCCCAACGCAUAAAUACAAAUCCCAAUCCGAACGCGAGCCGAAACCCUAACCCUAGCAGCAGAGAGCGAUGGCGCGCCCAAGGGGUAAGAAGCGCACGGCGGCCCAGGCGGCUGCCGGUGAAUCGAGCAAGCCGGAGGCGGCGAAGGAGCCGGCCACGCGGGGGCGGGGAAGGCGCGCCAAGGCGCCGCCCAAGCCCAAGGCCGAGACGGAGUACUUCCCCGAGAAGAGGAAUCUGGAGGAUCUGUGGUUAUCCGCUUUUCCUGUCGGGACUGAGUGGGAAAACAUUGAUAAGAUAAAGGAGUUCAACUGGAACUUUGAAAAUUUAGAGAAAACGCUAGAAGAAGGGGGAGAACUUUAUGGGAAGACAGUUUACGUGUUUGGAAGCACUGAGCCUCAACUAUUGGAUGUAAAUGGUGAAUCAAAGAUAGUACUUAUUCCUGUUGUAGUUGCUGUAGACUCUCCUUUCCCUCCAUCAGAUAAAAUUGGCAUAAAUUCCGUCCAAAGGGAAAAUGAAGAAAUAGUGCCAAUGAAGGCGAUGAAGAUGGCAUGGGUGCCCUAUGUUCCACUUGAGGACCGGCUCAGCAGGAUUGACAGUUUGAAAACAAAAAUAUUCACUCUCGGUUGCACCCAGCGAAGGUCUGCGCUGAAGCAUCUUAAAACUGAGAGAGUCAAGAAGUUUGACUACUGCAUGCCCUAUUAUAUGCCACUGAAUCCUCCUGAAGACGAAGAUGACACAGUUGUCAAUAUCAUAUACCCUCUAGAACCCCCGAUAGUUACUGACUUUGACUGGGAAAUGGAUGAUUACGAGGAUUUUAUUGAUGAGAAAGUCAAAGAUGAAGUGUUGCCAGAAGAUGAGAAAGAAAAAUUUAAGGAAUUUCUAAUGGAGAAGGUUAGAGAAAGGAAGAGAGAACUGAAACAGGCUAAAGAAGCCAGGAAGAAAGCUAUUGAUGAUAUGGAUCCUAAGACAAAAGAGGCAUUUGAAAACAUUAAGUUUUACAAAUUUUAUCCUGUGAAAACCCCGGACACACCUGAUGUAAGCAAAGUGAAGGCGAAGUACAUCAACAGAUAUUACCGGAACGCACAUUAUCUGAUGUAACGACAUUGAUCUCACAUGUUCAGUGAGCAUCAUCAUUGAUUGAGCUAUCCAAAUUGAAGAGUUGGUAUUACAAAUUUUGAAAGCCAGGGGAGAUCAUCUUGGUGGUAUCUUCAAAUGUGGUCUCUUAUCGACCAUCAGACAACUUGUUGCAUCUGAAUUCUGUUGUGAUACAGUUUUCGUCCGACUAUAAGAGUAUCUCUUUCCUUAGGCAUCUUCUUUUGUUGUGCGGUGUAUAACAUGCUGAGGAUAGGUUGUUAUGUAACAAUCAAGGUCAUGGCAGCCCUUGUAAGAGUAAAACAAGUGGUUCAGGAACAAUCUGUUCCCUUUUCUUCAUCUAGUGAAGUUUCGGCACAUGAUUCUUGAAUUUAAUAUCGUUGCAACAGAGCUUGCCUGUUA